UUCCUUUACUGUCUGGCUUAUUGUUUGAAAUUCUGAUCAAUUGUGUCAUUAUGUAACAAGGUUCACGAUUAAUAUGAUUUAUACAUUAAGUUGUCUCCAACGACUGAAAUCAUGCAAUUGAAUCAUUAUUGUUUUUAAUGCAAAAGGUGUCAAAUGUCGCCCAAUUCAACAUCCCCUCAGGAGUUGUUAUUCUAACACAAAACCCUCAGUCUGCAUAAAUGAUGAAGUUGUGUGCUGCAAUGCAGCUUGGCCAUUUUAGUUUACGUCUACGUAGCUCAUAAAAAAAUAAAAAAUCCCCCAAAAGAUGCAAAUGCACGUCGAUGCAAUGAAGCUCGUCUCGGUCUGUGCUGCUGAACUGGACAGCGUCCCUCGCUGUAUUGUGUUUUUGUCUGCGCUCACCUCACGUGAGCAGUUUGUGUGAGCGCGUGUAGGGGUGUGUGUGCGCGUGAACUAUACACGUCUUUCUCUGCAACCGUGCAGACGCUCACUUCCCCCACGCGCACACGCACGCAUGCACGCACAGGACCGUCACCUCUCCGUCGACGCAGCCGCGCGGCGGUGGAUUCAUCGCUGUGCCGCUCACACACACACACACACACACACACACACAUACACACACACACACACACACACACACACACACGGAAACGACAGCCGACGCGCAUCGGGGGAGACAAAAGGAGGCGCAGAGCGCAGGGCGCCGGAGUCAUCGCAACCCGAGUUACAGUGAGACCAUGUCUGGGACCAGUUAUCAGGAGGAGAACAGCAUCCACCGUCUGACGAGCGAAAGGCUGCUGAUCAAAGGAGGGCGGGUGGUCAACGAUGACCAGUCUCUGUAUGCAGAUGUCUACAUUGAGAACGGGCUCAUCAAGCAGGUGGGGGAGAAUCUGGUCGUGCCGGGGGGCAUCAAGGUGAUCGAGGCUAACGGCCGCAUGGUGAUACCGGGGGGGAUAGAUGUCAACACCCGUCUGAUGAAGUCCUACCUGGGCACACGGCCUGCCGAAGAUUUCCUCCAGGGCACCAAGGCUGCGCUCGCCGGGGGCACCACCAUGAUCAUUGACCACGUGACCCCCGAGCCCGGGCAGAGUCUGCUGGAGGCGUUUGAGUGCUGGCAGGAGGCUGCGGAUAAGAAGGCUUGUUGCGACUACUCGCUGCACGUAGACAUCCCCCAGUGGAACGAGAUGGUCAAGGAUGAGCUGGAGCUGCUGGUGCAGGAGAAAGGCAUCAACUCCUUCCAGGUGUACAUGGCUUACAAGGACAUGUACCAGCUGUCGGACUCUCAGCUGUACGAAGCUUUCUCCUUCCUAAAGCAGCUGGGCGCCGUGGUGUUAGUUCACGCUGAAAACGGAGACGUGAUUGCUCAGGAGCAGAGAAAAAUCCUCGAGAUGGGAAUCACCGGACCCGAAGGCCAUCCGCUGAGUCGUCCCGAAGAGCUGGAGGCUGAGGCAGUGUUCCGUGCCAUCACUCUUGGCAACCGUGUGAACUGUCCCGUGUACAUCACCAAGGUGAUGAGCAAGAGUGCAGCCGACACUAUCACCCAGGCCCGCAGGAAAGGUUCUGUUGUUUUUGGCGAGCCAAUAACAGCCAGCCUGGUCACUGACGGCUCCCACUACUGGAGCAAGAACUGGGCCAAAGCGGCUGCUUAUGUGACCUCUCCACCUUUGAGUCCCGACCCCACAACCCCAGACCACCUCAACACACUGCUGGCUUGCGGGGACCUGCAGGUGGUGGGCAGCGCUCACUGCGCCUACAGCACUUCCCAGAAAGCAAUCGGUAGAGAAGACUUCACCCUGAUCCCAGAGGGAACCAACGGAGUGGAGGAGAGGAUGGCUUUCGUCUGGGACAAGGCUGUGGCCAUGGGGAAAAUGGACGAAAACCAGUUUGUGGCGGUCACAUCUACUAACGCUGCAAAAAUCUUCAACCUGUACCCACGCAAAGGCCGGAUAGCGGUGGGGUCGGACGCGGACGUCGUCAUCUGGGACCCCGACAGCUCCAAAACAAUCACGGCCAAACUCCAGCAGUCGACUUCAGAAUACAACAUCUUUGAGGGUCUGGAAUGCCGUGGGGGUCCAGCACUGGUGUUGAGUCAAGGUCGCGUGGUUUACGAGGAAGGCCAGCUGCAGGCCCAGCAGGGCACCGGUCGCUUUAUCCCUCGCAAGCACUUCCCUGACUACGCCUACCAGCGCGUCAAAUGCAGGAACCAGGUGAAGAGCCAGCAGGGCGUUACCCGUGGCUUGUACGACGGCCCUGUGUAUGAUGUCGAUCCUGCCCCCAAAUACAUCACUCCUUCUCCAUCAGCCAAAACCUCACCCACCUCUCACCAACCAGCACCCAUACGCAAUCUUCACCAGUCCAACUUCAGCCUAUCAGGAGCACAGAUGGAUGACUACAUCCCUCGUCGCUCUGGCCAACGUAUCGUAGCUCCCCCCGGUGGUCGCUCAAAUAUCAGCCUUGGUUGAACACUCGACUGUGCACUAAGUGUGGUCGUAGUGGGGCUUUCAUCUCUCCAGUGUGUGUCUGUGUGUGUGUGUGUGUGUGUGUGUGUACGUGUGUGUAUGAGAGUGUGAACACACUGGCAUGAGUGAACACCUCUGUGUUUUUUUGCUGCAACGGUGACACGCUCUUUUUUAGACCUUUAUCAUUUUCAUCAGUUUUGCCUUGAGACGUGGUCACAGAGGAGAAGCACAUUAAACACUUCCAAUAAAGGAAGAGUAGGAUUUACAAUCAACCGAGUCAUUCCAAAACAGGAAAACUCAUGAUCAGGGCACUCACACACACACACACACACACACACAGAUCCGGUGUCGGACCCCCCCUCCAAGAACCCAAACGUGAACCCAGUGCUGUGUCAUAAUGUUGUUUAUCUCCUUUCCCGUGAGCAUGACUUCCUCCUCACUCUUCCCUCGUCCCAUGUCUCACUGCGUGGGUCCGCUCAGACAUGGUGAUCCUUUCCACAGCUGAAGACGAAAUAACAGAGGUUCACAAUAUUUGUUUUUUAAUGUGGCUCACGCGGAUCCAUCGCAAAUAUUGCAUGGAAACGUCUUCAGAUGUCGCACCACUUGUGGUUUAAUUAUUGCAACGGAGAAACACGAGGCACAUUUGAUGUAUAUUCUUAUCCUGGUAAAUAGGGUUAGGUAGGUUCAUUCUUUCUAACAUUACUGUGAACUUCGAUAAAAGCAAUGCAGCUUCCUCUCUGCCGUCAGAUACUUUAUGCAAAUGUGUCAAUACUCUCCUGUAAAGUGUGAAAGUAGACGAGCAGCUGGGACAGAUACGAAAAACAGCUGUGCGCUGCAAAAUUAAUUCCUAGGUAGAGUUUGUGCUGUAAAGACGUUAUGAUGUGUGUGAUAGUUUUCUGCCACUCAUCACUCAUGCCAGAGCUGGAUCUUCUUUGUAAUGACGUACUCAACUCACUGAUGUAAAAGGGCUUCAGCUUUCACCCCCCCUUCACUGAACUUCACUGACAAUCUUU